AUGGCCGUGGGGCUUCCGGCGAAGAGGAGGAAGCUAUCGGAGGGGACAGCAGCGGCUGCGGCGGCGGCGACGGCGGGGCUGGCGGCGGCGCUGGGGAGGAAGGUUCGCGUGUACAGGAGCUCGAUGGUGGCGUCUGCGAGGGCGGUGGUGGCGAGCCGCACGGCAGGGACGGGGUCGGCGGUGAUCAGAGUGGUCUUCCCCGAUCACUACGUGCUGGAAGCGAAGUUCGGCAGGUCGGAGGCGGUGCAGGGGCUGGUGGAUCUGCUCCGGCGGGCGGUGUCACCUUGGGCGGCGCCGUUCUACAUCUACACGGCGCCGCCCAAGGAGAAGGUCGAGGACCUGGCGGCGGACUUCUCCUCCGCCGGCUUCAUCCCAGGCGCCGUCCUGUACUUCGCUUGCGAGGGGCCGGCGGCGGGGGAUCGGUGGCCGUUCUACCUCCGGGAGGAGGUUUGCUCCAUGGAGGGGCUCGAUGUCGACGCAGAAGGCCUCUGA